AUGGCCACCCAAACGAUUACAGCUCCUGCUCAGGAUGUGACAGCAGAUCCCUCGGACACGAAGUACUGGGCGGACAGCUUCAUCCCCGCUCUGAAGUCCCUGAUGAAGGCUACUGAGUCGUAUUCCGCAUCGGACGAAGAAGCUCAGCUGCGCAUCCUGGAAGAACAUGUCCUGCCCAACCUUGGUCCACGGCCGUCCAAGGCUGUUGGUCCUUCACACCUGACGCAGAGUGGCUCCCCAUUGCAGCUGAGCCUCAAUGCGUCGUCCAAAAAUUGCGUAAGAUACUGCUGGGAGAUGCUGGGUGCCGACGGAGGACAUGGCCGGGAUCCCUUGGCGAUACAGGCUGCUCAACGAAUCAUGGCUUCUCUUUCGACCAACUUUGGCUUCUCAACCAAAUGGAGCAGCGUCCUGUUGUCUACUUUUGCCGUAGGGCCGGAGGAAGCUCAAGGCAUCGUCGAUAUGCUGCCGCAGUGGCUGCAAAGCUUUGUCCCUGAAGGGGUUGAAGCUGCUCCCCUGAAAAGAAUCCCCUUCGCUUUGGCUGCGUUUGACCUCAAGGGUCCCAACAUGUCGAUGAAACUCUACGUCAAUCCAAAGGCUAAAGAAAUUGUUACUGGUACUCCAGCAGCAGGAACAGUUUGGAACAUUCUUCGAGGUCUCACGCCAGCGUUCAAACCGGAAGCAAUUGACAUGCUUGAAAAAUUCUUCGAGGACAUUCCCGAGCCGUCCCCGAUUGAGCUGAUAGGAAUCGACUGUGUCGACGAGGCGCAUCUGUCUGACGCUAGAGUCAAGCUCUACAUUCAUACCAGAACCAAUUCGUUCAACACGGUGCGCAAAUACGUGACCCUGGGAGGCAAAAUCAACGAUGCCGAAACCAACACAUAUUUGGAAAAACUUCGGCCCAUCUGGCACCUUUUGCUCCAACAGCCAGAGGGCCCCGUGGAAGAUGACUUCGAAAAGCCGAUAAACGAAUCUUCCAUGCUUUGCCAAAAAUUGUACUUCAGCUUUGAGCUCCAGCCCGGCAAGGAUUUCCCCAACGUGAAGACCUAUCUGCCGACAUGGAACUACGUUCGAAGCGACGAAGAGACCAUUCGAAAUUAUCAGGAAAUAUUCCGAAUCUGCGGCCACCCGUGGGGUGAAGACGGGAAGUACCACAAGAUUUUCACGGAUGCAUUUGGCUCGGCAACACACAAUCGCAAAAAGCCAGUUCACUGCGACGCAUCCUACAUCUUCACCAAUGAGAAGGGUGUCUAUCAAACUUUGUACUUCAGCCCGCCUCUUGGGGAAGAGAAAUGA